AUGCCUUUUCCUGCAAGCGAGAAUCAAUCUGGCGCCGCUAACAGUCAUGCUGACAAGCGUGAGCAACUUCUGGAAUUCAUUAAGGCUGGGUCGAAGUCGACUGAUUUCGGAUACUCGGUAAUGAAGUCGCUCCUUAAGCGCUCAUUUCAGAACGCCGGCAACGCGUUUUGUGUUGGAGAGAUGGCUGCUAAGUUCCAGGGAGUUCUGGGAACAGCAGAGAUUCG